GGUUGUUCGCCUCUGAAUGUGGGAUAGCCUUUAUGCGCUGUGGUGGAACUGUCACCGGUGGUUUGACAGAUGGGGUUAUGUUGCCCAUGGUGUUUCUGGGUUGUUCCAGUAUGCAGGUUUCGUCAUUAUAAGGGUAUCCUUUGAUUGUCAUCGAAGCAUUGGUGUGUUCAGGUGUUUGCUUCUUUUUCUCGGUUGGUUCUCUUUUGGGUUCUGUGGAUACUUCGAGAGACGCAGAUUGGUGUUUUGCAAUGUUUAAGUGUUUCCAGAAGGACUACAUUGUCGAUACUAGGAUUGUGAUUGGAUUUUUGUUGAUUAUAAAUUGUUAUUCUAUCUUUAUUAAUAGAUGCGUUGGGAUUUUUCGGGAAAGAGUCAUCGAUUGUAUUUUCUGAAUUUAGGGUAGAAGUGGCCUGGUGCCUGUAGUAUUAAUUAUAUUUUUCCAAUGAAUUUUCUUGUACUGAGGAUCAGCUUGUUCAUGUGGUUAAUGAUGGAAAUCGAUCUUGAAUUGUAUUUUACCAAUUUUACGUCAAAGUGCUUUUAGUAUUAAUUAUAUUUGUCCAAUGAUUUUUCUUGUAAUGAGAAUCAGCUUGUUCAUGUGGUUAAUGAUGGAAAUCGAUCAAGAAUUGUAUUUUACCAAUUUUAAGUCAAAGUGCUUUUAGUAUUAAUUAUAUUUGUCCAUGAAUUUUCAUAUAUCGGCUGGUUUGUUUGAAUGAACUUGAAGUUGAUUUUUAA